AAGCAUUUCACGAGGCAUUACAAGACAAACCUCAACCUCCAUGCUUUCUUUUCUAAAUCUAAUAUUAUGUUCUCUUAUUAUUUUCAGUAGCAAGCCAUAAAAUCAGAACCUUUUGGGCAAAACCAAGCUUCAUUCUCCCUCAUUUUUCUAAAAAAUGGCAAACCUAAUUAACCAGUCCUUCAAUUAUGUUAUCUUGUCUACUUUGCUUCUUUUCUUUUCUUCUAUUUCUGUUGAUGCCCUUAACAUUGGCGUCCAAGCAACUGAUGCAGCAGUCACUUUGAGUAAAGAAUGCAGUAGGAAAUGCGAGUCUGAGUUCUGCUCAGUGCCUCCAUUUUUGAGAUAUGGGAAGUACUGUGGACUGCUAUACAGUGGAUGUCCAGGGGAGAAACCAUGUGAUGGGCUUGAUGCUUGUUGUAUGAAUCAUGAUGCCUGUGUUCAAGCUAAAAACAAUGACUAUCUAAGCCAAGAAUGCAGCCAAAAUUUCAUAAACUGCAUGGGAAAUUUCAAGAAGACAGGAGGACAUACUUUCAAAGGAAACAAAUGUGAUGUUAAUGAUGUUAUUGAUGUUAUUUCUUUAGUCAUGGAUGCUGCUUUGCUUGCUGGUACCAAGCCAAACCUACUGUCGUGCAUAUUCCUCGUCUCAAAGUAGAUCUCUGGGACGAUGAGACGAACCCAUCUUGUCGAAGAGAAUAAGCGUUGACGGUUCGGAUGGUCAUUUUGGUCGAAGAUGGUGGUGGUUGAAACAAAGAAGAAGAAGAAAAAAUAAAAUAUGUUUAAUUGGAAAGUUCAAAAAGAUUCUGUUGACAUCGGCCCAAAAACAUAGCUAUCGAGUGAUGGGCUGCCAAGGAAGAGAACAUAAUGGGCUGUAAUGGGAUCGGGCCCAUAUUAGCUAUUUCUAUUAUUGCUUUUUUUAUUUUUA